AUGAAAACCACUGAUUCUUUUUUCAAAAGAAAGAAUGAUGAUGAAGAAACUCAUAAUGAUAAUCAACAGAGUAAACGUUACAAAGCUUCAACAAGUGAGCCGCAACCGCAAGAACAUGAAAAUCAACAAGAGAAUGAUAUUGAUGAAGCUACACAAUCAAAUCCUAAUGAAGUGGAUCUUAAGCAUCUAGAAAGAGAUCCCGCUAAACGAAAACAAAUGUGGGAAUAUCCAGUUAAUUUAAGGGAACAAGUAAGACGAGCUUAUAUGACUUUAGGACCUUUCCAAAUACGUCUUCAAGAAUAUCAUGCUAAAGGUUCAAAGAAACAUCCUCGUAGAUUCCAAUAUUCUUGGUUCAACAUUUUCCCUAAUUGGUUAGAGUAUUCUCCAACAACACAUGCUUCUUAUUGUUUUAUUUGUUAUAUAUUUAAUGAUAAACCAAGUGUGUGCCAUGGUUAUGAUGCAUUUACUGUUAAAGGAUUUGACAAUUGGAAAAAAGUUAAUGAUGGGAAAAAUUGUGCAUUCUUGAAGCACAUUGGUUGUUCACAACAUAGAAAUGCUGUUACAUUUGCUGAAAACUUGAUGAACCAAGCAACACACAUUGAAAAUAUUAUAGUGAAGCAAAAUGAAGCACAAAUAUUGAAGAACCGGUUACGAUUAAAAGCUUCAAUUGACACAGUUCGUUGGUUGACAUUCCAAGCUUGUGCAUUACGAGGACAUGAUGAAUCGCCUAAUUCCAAAAAUCGAGGUAAUUUUCUUCAACUAAUAAACCUUCUAGCGUCUUAUAAUGAUGAAGUUGCAAAUGUUAUAUUAGAGAAUGCUCCUUAUAAUUCAAAGUAUACUUCUGGAGAUAUUCAAAAAGAAAUUCUUAGUAUUAUUGCAAAUAAAGUUCGAAAGCAUAUUCGUAGUGAAGUCGGGGAUUCGUACUUUUGUGUCAUGGUUGAUGAGUCACGAGAUGAGUCUAAAAAAGAGCAAAUGGCCAUAGUUUUGAGAUUUUUUGAUGCAGAAGGGAUCAUACGGGAAAGGUUCUUAGAUUUGGUUCAUGUUAGGGAUACCUUAUCAUUAACCUUGAAAACAAAUAUGUGGAGGCAACUUUUGCACUAUCAGUUUGAUGUUAGCAAAAUCCGUGGCCAAGGUUAUGAUGGUGCUAGUAAUAUGAGAGGGGAAUGGAAUGGAUUACAAGCACUUGUUCUUAAGGAUUUUUGUGCUUCCAGUAAGCGUCAUGAUGAGUUACAAAAGGCAAAGGCAACUGAGAUUGAACAUUUAUUAGAACUUGGUGAAAUUGAAUCAGGUAAAGGAUUGAAUCAAAUUGGGACAUUAAGAAGAGCUGGUGAUACACGUUGGGGUUCUCAUUUUCGUUCUGUUUGCAGUUUGCUUAACAUGUUUGAUUGUACACGUGUUGUUCUCCAGGGAAUAAUUGAUGAUGUAUCUGCUACUUAUUCUCAACGCGGAGAUGCUGAUGCAGCUUACUGUUACCUGAAAUCAUUUGAGUUUGUGUUUAUUCUUCACUUGAUGAAAGAACUAAUGGGAAAAACUGAUAUACUUUCUCAAGCUCUACAAAAGAAAUCCCAAGAUAUUCUUAAUGCCAUGGAGUUAGUUUCAGCAACAAAGGAGAGUCUAAAUGAUUUCAGGAACAACGGAUGGGAUUCUUUACUUGAACAGGUAAAGAUUUUUUGUGAGAAACAUCAAGUAGAUGUGCCGGAUAUGCAAGCUCCAUAUACUUGUACUAGAUAUCGGCCUCGAAAAAACGAUAAUCAGUUUACUUUUGCACAUUUUUAUCGAGUAUAUUUGUUUACAUCCACAUUGGACAAACAGUUACAUGAGUUGAAUAGUAGAUUCAAUGAUCAGGCGAUGGAGUUGUUAAGUCUUAGUUCUACUUUAGUUUCAAAAGAACACCCUAAAGUGAUUAACAUUGAUCAGAUUUGUCUUCUUGUUGAGAAGUAUUAUCCUGAAGAUUUUACAGAGCAAGAGAGAAUUCAAUUACGAUAUCAGUUGGAUAUUUUUAAUAUCGAUAUGACAAAGAAUCCCAGGCUAAGUCGUGUAUCAACUAUUGUUGACCUAUGCAAGGGUCUUGUGGAAACUCAGAAACGUGAGACGUAUUAUUUGCUUGAUAGAGUGGUCCAGUUAAUCUUGACACUUCCAGUUUCUACCGCAACAACAGAGAGGGGAUUUUCAGCAAUGAAAAUAUUCAAGAACCGCAUUCGCAAUAAGAUGUCAGAUGACUUUCUCGCAAACAACUUGGUGGUUUAUAUAGAAAGAGAAAUUGCUGAAAACAUUGAUACGAAGUCAGUAAUUGAUGAAUUUAAAGACCUUAAAGGUCGUCGGGCUGAGUUGUAA